AUGGCCAUUGCAGUUUUGGCGUUGAAUAGAGCCCUCACUCAUGCACCAGUCAAACCAAGAAGGUUCUUCGAUUCGUUGAUCGUUGUGCCCACAGAUGAUCUCCUACAAAAGUACAAGUUCUACCUUGAAAGCGCCAUUACUGAUCUUCCAGAGUUGUGCUGUCCAUCCAGAAAAACUCAGGAAUCAGAGAUCGGGUAUGAGACUUUCGGUGCUGAGUUCGUGGACUCCGAUGGUCAGUCCACCUUUAUUUCUACAGGCGAAUCUAAGGUACCCCAGCUUGUUGUGCUGACUCCUUCGGGCCUACAUAGUCUUCUUGCCAAAAGAAAAAACCUAUUUUCAUCCAUCAGACUCAUAGCCUUGGACGAUGUGGACUUCAUGUUGAGCAGCACUGGUUGUGGCACAAGCAAGAAUUUUGUCCAGCACGGCGAAAACGGGAAACUACAUGCGAAAGUGUUAGACUCUGUCAAGCAGAUUCUCAGGGUCCACCGUGAUACCUUCACGAAUAAGGUAAAACAGAGGCUCCAUGAUGUGGAGCUUCGAUAUGACUCCAAUCUGAGUUUCGCUGCUUCAAAGUACGUCAUUGACAGACCCAUAGAAAGCGAAGAAGCAUUUCCAGAAAACUUCAACGAGAAGCUCGUCUCGAAACUUCUUGGUGUAAAAAACAAGUUGACAUAUCGUCCUGUGCAAUUUUGCAUAACUGGAGAGCUGAAUUUCCCUAUCACUAGUUCAAUUGACGGAACUGAGAAAACAGCAUCUCAACUUCGCCAUCUCAUAGAUAUCCAUCUCAAGAAGGAUACCUUUUUUCUGAAAGAGAGAAAACUUAUCGAUAUGGACGAACUCAAUCUAGACAGCCACAGGAACUGGACCGAUCUGUUCACUGCAUUACCACCCAACGUUUAUUUUGCAUCUGCCAAAAGCAAGUCGGGAUUCAAGAAAGUCAAGGUCAAGCAGCUAGAGCUGAAUUAUUUGCAAGGCUUGUCGAAGUUAUCUUUCCACAUCAAGGAACUUCAAACGUAUUGCCUGAACAACCAUCAGAAAAAGUUUCUCAGGAAUCGAGUUAUGGAAAGAGACUCCAAUGGCUUUGAAAGUAUGCUUCGGAAAACUCUCCUGAAGUUCUACACCGUUAGCAAAAGCACUCAGCCUUUCUUGAUUGUCGUGCCACCUCAAGUUGACCUCAAGACCAUACCUGAGGAUUGUGCACCAAAGUUUCCUACAGAAGUUUACGAAACGCUACCUUCGAAGUCCAUACAAGGUCUUGAACAUUUCUUUUCAAAGAACAAUUCCCAUCUUUGCGUACAUCCAUAUCACCUCAUUGGUCAAAGCUUCUCAGGAGUGCAAAACAUUAUGGUUGUUGGUCUUGAUUCACUUCUCUCUGCAACUGCAUUCGAGAAGAAAGUGCAGCCUGACCACCUCUUGGGACUUCUCAAUCCAAACAUGGACUUGCUUUGCUUCUACCUUAAAAAGCUUAUGGCCUCGAGGUCGGCACUGAUGGAGGCAAACCUUCUUUUCAUAAAAGAGGAUAUUGCUCGAAAAUCCGAUACGAAUCGCCAACAUAAAUUAGAACUUGACUUGGAGAAGCUAGAGCAGAUACUUUUAACGAGCGAUAUUGGACAAUACGCCAACAUCAAGCAUUUCUAA